GGGGCCGCGGUCGCUCCGCCCCCUCGCUGCACUGUUUACCUGCGGCGGCGGCUAGCGGCCCAGCGCUGGACGGCAGGAUGACGGGUGCAGAGCGGGUGCGCGAUGGCAGCUGCCACUUCCAGCGCUCGCGGCUCAUCUGGAUGAUCGGCAUCAUCUUCGGCAUGAUCCUGCUGGGCUGGGUAUCGCUGUCACCUUCAACCAUCCCUUACAGCUAUUUGGGACUGUUUGGUAACUUCCUUCGUUAUUUAGCGGACAACUACCACAAGUGGGUGUGCUAUGGGUUCUACGUAUCCUGGUUGAUUCACAUCGUAGAAGCCUUGUAUGGUAUAAAAUUAUGCCAAUCUAAAGGCAUCACUGACCCAGCAGUUCAGUUCCACUGGUUCAUUCAGACACUUCUAUUUGGGUAUGCUUCCUUCGGUCUCCUGGUGUCUUACAAGCCUCCAGUCAAGAAAUACUACUAGAAGCCUGUGACAGAAGUCUCCUCUCACAUACUUCAUCCUUAUUUUUCAGAAAACAACCUCACAUGUUUAGAAGCUGUAAUUAGCUAAGUUACAUUCCUACUACAUGAUGCAGUGCCCUUCUACCAAAGUAACACUCUCUUGCUAAAGAAGAAACUCAGCUAUAAUUCAAAAGGCACUGUGGAUGGUUUGGUAGAAAUUCAGCCUGUCAGUCUUGGCACUGCCUAAGUUUCAUUCUGUUACGCAAGAGCCAAAGGUUGCAGCCUUGCACUGUUUGAGAUAGAUUGUAUACUCCAGUUGUCAUUGGUGAGAAAAGGACCUGACAGUACUUAGUAGUGGUUCAUAGGUGACCUUUCCACGGGGAGAAUUUUUCUUCUACAACAGAAAUUGUUAUUUAUGGCCACAAAGCAACUUGCACCUGUUUUGUGGCAGGAUCUAAGUUGUUUCUACAGUUCUUCUACAGGACUUUUUACUAGCUUUUUCUAUGUUAGAGCCUAGUCUGUGUUAUUUGUUUUGUCAACUUACUUUCUUUAACAAAGGACAGACUUCUUUAUUGCUGCAGGCACAUUAAAAAGACCAAGUCCUUUAAAAGACUGAGUUCAGGUUGAGGUGCAGCGAUGAGCUGGGAUACAUAAAGAACUUAAACUUGGUUUAAUACAGGUACCUUAAGUUUCAUGCAGCACAUCCUCAUCUUUCAAAUGUAGAUUUUCAUCUCUGAGUUAGUGCAGUAUAUGCUAUAGAGCAUAGAGAGAAUCCUGUAGCUUUUUUGAGAACUAAUUUAUUAUCCAAGAAUAAAAGCACAACAUUCCAAAAGCGAAGUCUUGUAGGCUGUCACAUGAAAAGCAUAACAAGUCAGCACUCAUCCCAUCUGCCAGAUGUUCAGUUUCUGAAAUGUUUGGUUUGUAGACCACAUUAAGCAUCCCUCAGAGUAUUUUCUUUAUGUCUAAUUGAUCCUUUUAAUCUGAUAAUCUGUUUUACAUCUCUCAGUAUUUAACCAGAAUUAACUUCUCUCUUAUUUAAACCACUUUCAGAAACAAUUACUAUUUAAAAUAUUUGUCAUUUGGGGAGAGGUUUUUACCACAUCACCCAUGAUGCUACUGUUCUAGUAAAAAGAAGAGAACACAGGCUUUGCUCAAAAGAAAAGCUUCUUGAGUCAGUAAUGAGCAAGCAUUUACCUAGUGUAGCAUGUAUGGACUAUGCUGUGCUAUAAGAUGUCUGAUACAGAAGUCUUACUAAGUACAGGUACUUGAGGUUUUUGCUUUUUAGCUAGAACUAAGAGCAUAGAGAAAUGAAGAGCUUUAAAUGGUGGAGUGGCUUUUUUUCCUUUUUUUUUUUUUUUUUUGACCAAUGCCCAACUGAUACCACUAACAGUUUUUAGGAAAGUAGAAAGUACGUUUAGUGGUUAGAAAACCACAGGAAUAAAGAACCUGGGCUAGGUUUCCCUGUGUAACUCUGUAUCUUACUGUGAUCCUUUAAUAAAGAUUGAAAAAAA